GUUUGGUUUGGUGUGCACUUGCGCAACGAAAUAACGAAUAGUGAGCCACACAGAUUCGUUGUGACUUUGUCCUGCAGACUGCACAGUCUCACAGUAACAUAUACGACACAGUGAAUUCAAUCACCCGCACAUACAUUAUACAGUCGACAGGAAAUCAAUUUUGUUCAUUGCAGCAUCAACAAUCAUCAACAUCUGCUCCUAUGUGUGCUGCUUUCAAGCACAUCGAGGCUUAAUACCAAUACACGCACUUAAAACGUAUAUUAAAUGCUGGCAAAUAACGAUAGGCAACGACGAAUUAACCUAUAAAUAAAAAGCACCCAUACACAUACAAAGCGACAGAGCGAGAGAGGAGAAAACGAUAUAUCUAGCGUAACAACGACGAUGGAUACCGAAGAGCAACCAAAUAAAAAGAGGAGGGACGACGAAGAAGACAUGACUAACAGGAAAGUCCGCGUGAAACCCAAGCCCGUACUAUUUGAAGAAUUAACGCAGCUACCGGUCCUUGAAAAGUCGUAUGUCGGAGUAUUGAAAGACAAAAAAAACAUCUCCAAAUCAAUAACCGGUUUGACCAACUGUCUACCUUGUCCGCAAUAUCUCAAACGUUGCUCCGGAUUGAGAAUCUUCUUGUCGAAAGUCAUCGGUACACCCGAGGAUCUCAAACAAUUUAUGAUCCAGAAUGGUUUUGAUAUGUCUAUUCUGGAGGAUAAAUUUGAAAUAGUUGACGUUCCUGCUGCUCCACCUAGGACUCGAGCUCAGAUGGCUUAUGGAUCCAAGUUUUGGCCAAUGAACUUUCAUCCCGAUUUAAAUCUUGAAGCUUUCAUUUCUGGAUCCUUGUUCGAUGAUGAUCAACUUGCAUCUCUUGAAACGUGUAUUAGACUUGCUAUUUCAGCUGCCCAGAAUACUGCUGUGGGUUCAAGAGAAUGUAAUGGAAGUGCAGUAAUAGUUGAUCCAGAAGAAGGAAAAGUACUUGCUAUUGCUGCUUCUAGCGUAGAUAAACAUCCAAUGUGGCAUGCAUCGUUGAUCGCUGUUGACUUAAUUGCCAAGAUUCAAGGCGGCGGUGCUUGGAGAUUGCUAAAUGAUUUUGAAAGAUUCAAAUUAGAUAAGGUUAAAAGAAAGUUUCCCGAUGAUUUACCUCUCAGAUAUCCAGAUUCGUUGUUUACGAUAGAGGUUUCACAAGAAUCCAAAUUAACUUUUGAGAAAAAAGAGGGAAGAAAACUAAAAAAUGAUCUCGAUGUCAAGUGUGGACCUUAUCUCUGCACAGGUUACUGGGCAAUUCUUCUGCAAGAACCAUGUCCUCUGUGUGCUAUGGCUCUUUUGCACUCGAGAGUAUCAAGAAUAUUUUAUGGAGCUGCUAAUUUAAGAACCGGUAUUCUUGGUAGUAAGGCGAUUCUGCAUUCUGUACCAGGACUUAAUCAUCGAUAUCAAGUUUGGAGUGGGAUCUUAGAAGAUGAAUGUAAUAGAAUACUUGAAACGUGCCAAGUAAUUGACAGCUGACGGACGAAUCGAUUUUAUUAUUACCUUUGAUUCAUGACAUUUUUUUAUAUGUUGAAUAAAAUUUAUUAUUUAAGAGUUUUGAGAUGUCAUUUUCAUUAUAAAGGUUUGUUGAACGAGGUUCUAUAUUUACUUUGAUGUUUCUAUUGAGUAUGCAAAAAAAUGAGAUAGCAACCGCACAAUCCCCUUAUAAAAUCUUUUUAUCCCCUUAUAUAAAAAAGUAAUAGAUGCCAUGUUGAAGCAUUUUAUUCGUGAUCUGAUUGGCUGUCAUCACUGCUAUGUGACGGGAAAUAAGUAUGC